AUGGCCGGUUUCUAUAAACCACCGGCCUCCUUCAUAGGCGCUCAAUGGCCUCACAACAACAACCACUCAGGUCUACCCUCUUCCGCCGUCGGUGACCUGAUGUAUGCCUUCCCCAGACCGAAAAAGACCGGUCGAAUCAUGAAACCUCGGAGUGCAGGAAACAGCCCUUCCGCUGCAGGCAGACGGAGGGCCUACCAGACCUCCCCUCAGUACCAACAACCGUUCUCCACCCAGGGCUAUCAACUCGCCUUCAACCCGGCUCUGUUGGCCUCGGCCAUUCGCGAAAAGAGAGCCACGCGUCCGAUCAGCUGGCAUCCCGCGACCCUGGCAUCCGCCGAGUAUUCUUCGCCGCAGUACUUCCCCACCACCACGGUGGCCGACAAUCUUGCACUCUUGAACACCCACCAACUUGACCCGACCCCAACAUCUUAUGGAGACUUCAACAUGAUGCCAUCGUACACCACCUCGGACAUGUCGUACACCACCUCGGACAUGUCGACCACCACCGACGCCUUCUCCUUUGGGGGCAUGCCCGAAAACGUCUCUAUGCAACCGCCGUCCUAUUUGCAGAUGGGUGACUCGCAGGUCGAGCCCUUGUCGUGGGACACCGUCUCGUCAAACGUUCCCGCUAUGGCCCAACCAAUGCCCGACGCCUGGGCGUUCGAUAUGAUGUCGAUGCAGAACAGCAUGCCGUCAACAGACAUCCCUGGCUCGAGUUAUGCCAGCGUCCCUUCGUCCGGUUGCCUGUCCGGGCCUUCAACGCCGGAUUUCCUGCCCAUCCAGCAACCUGAACCCAUGACCAAGUCACUAUCGGAGGAGUCCGACACCGGGGACGAACUCGUCGGUAUGGGUCUGUACAACCAACCGGAAACGUGUCCCAACUCCUCCCAAGGACGUCUCGGCAAGGGCCUGAAGCUGGAGGAGACGUUCACCCCGUCGGAUGACGAGGGAGACGACAACCAAGAUGCCGAAAGCGAGGACGAGACGAACCACGGAGUCACCAAAGAGAGCCAACCGGCCCAACAACCGACCAAAUCUGCCACGAGCAUGAUGCAAAAAUCCUUCUUCUUCGAGGACGACGAGCCCGAGCAGCCGGCAACGGCAUACCAAAGCUUUUUUAAUCUGGGAAGUCAGCCUUGCAUGAGCUAUGGAUACGGAUGGCUGUAA